AUGUCAAAAUUCAAAUCAAAACAGCAAAAAUUUAAAAAACAGCAAAAAGAAAAACAGAAAAAUGAAAUAGAAUUGGAACCUCUGCUUGGUCUCGAUCAGUCUAAAAAUUACAACAAACUGCUGGACAAUGGGAACUCAAAAAUAAAUGUCGUCAAACAAACGUAUGAACAUUUGAACCAGACGCAGCAGGAGUCAGGCUGCAGAAGUGCCAAACUUUGUUGCCAGGGUAAGGACAACACGUGUGUUACACUCGGCAGAAGAAUGAACGGCAAGAACACUGUAACGUGUUUCUGUGACUCUGUCUGCCUCCCUCUGGGAGACUGCUGCACUGACUACCAGGAGGAAUGUCCAAAAGUGGACUGCGUGGUGGGCGAGUGGGGGGAGUGGUCUGAUUGUGACGUCAAAUGUGGCUACGGAGCCAAGCAGAGGGAGAGGAAAGUUUUGGUGGAGAGUAAGAACGGCGGGAAGAAGUGCGAACCGACCGUGCAGAAGCAAGCCUGCGAAAACAAAAUCUGCAAACAAACCAGGUCAGCCAGUCUGAUGAAAAUUGGUCGUAUUGUGCAGUCCUCGUUGAGUCAUUGGAGAACUUACAAAGAAUAUGAUCCGUACAAUGACAUCAGAAAGCACAUUUAUGAAAGAAACGGCAACACUGCUCUUAAUAAUUUACAACCAACGUACUGUUCCGUCUACAAAUUGAUUCAAGUUCAUCCUCGUUGUCAGGCGAACCUCUUGCUGAUUGAUCAUUCUCCGCCUCUGAAACACGACAUGAGGGUCUGCGUGGAAUGUCAGUACACUGCCUCACAAGCAGUUCUUGGUGACCGUUGUUAUGGUCACGGAGUUUACGAGAGAGAGACAAGAUGGCUAUCACUGAACAAACGCGGUUGCUACGGUACGUGGAUAAAAGAAACGAAAAAGGAGAACUGCUUAUGCGCCGAUUCUCACCCCGACCUUCCCAGUUACAUAUUCGUAUGA